AUGCCCGACUCCGAAGUCCUCAUUCACAUCUCCGCCCCCGGGACCGUCCGUGACGAUGCACGCUAUCGGGCUCAAGUCGAGGCCAUCCUCGCAUUCCAGGCCUCCACCCGCCAAGUGAUCACCUUGCGAUCGGACAAUGACCAUACAGAUGAGGCGGAUGAUGAUAAUCGAGCGCUUCACACUGGCUCUUCGCAUAGACCUCACCGGCAACCAGAAACAAUACCAGCCUUGGCCGUGGCCUUUUCACCUGGCCAAAGAACCCUGCUCGUCGCCGAUUCUCUCGGAACCCCCAUUAGUGUGGUUCCAGACUCGCAACCCGAACAAGUUCAGCAGGACAUCCUCGCCUUGCAAGAGAUCGAUUCCCCCGCCCCUGCCACCGUACGCGCCCACAGAUCGUCGCCACCUAAAACCGAUGUACAUACAGCGAAGCGAAGCGGGGUAAACUCUCCAAUACCGGAGAGAAAAGAGCAUACCAGCUCUCUGGACUGCGUCCGACCUGAAGCUCCGCCCGUGCGACCACAACCCGAUCACGCCCUGAAGGAGACAGAGUCUCCUGUAUCUGUAUCACUAACGACGCCCCUCAAAAUCCACCCGCCAUUGCCCCCAGUCUCCAGAUCACCCUUCAAAACUCACAUCACGCCAACCCUCGCGAUGCUAGCCACGCGUCUCCGCUCAGGACGAACGUAUACCCCCGUCAGACAAGCUCGAGAUCUGAAUCCUCUCGAACGAGGAUACUGGUUUCUCCACAUUACUCUCGUUCCAUCCGAAUCCUCGCCAUCACAAGCUGUGCCCCACGGCAAUCCCAUCAACACCAGUACAAUCUGGGACCUCUCCGUCUUCACCCGCUUCUGGAACUUUCUGUCUGAUUUCAUCAACAAGGAGGGUCGUGCAGGUUGGGGCGUGUGGUGCAUUCUCGAGGCUGCGCAGCCACCAAGCCAAUUGCAACCACCCAAACCAUCAACCGUCGAUCCCCUCCAGUCACUGUCCGGUGCAGCGGCGGUAGAAACGCAGCGCUUGACGCUCAAAAUCUACGCGUGGGGGGAGAUUGCCUCGCAUAUAUAUCUGCUCCUGUUUCUGGCUAGUGAGCGACGGAUCCGACGGAUGGGGGCGCAGUGGCGCGACGGAGGUGAUGAGGUUAUCAUAGAGAUGCCGUAGCUUCCCACGUGGUUCUGUAGCAAAACCUGGCCAGGGAAUAGUACUUUCUUGGACUAAUUGGCUACGUUGGCUACACACCUACUUUCAGUAUAUAGAUUUCUUUCACUCGAUACCCAAUUCUAGUUAACAUUCGUUUCAAUCCGAGCUCGAAGAUACUAUAAGCACAAGCACGCAGUGGUUCUCCC